AAAAUACUAAUGUCCCUUAAAAGGCGGGCCAACUGAGCGAGAGGAGUGUAUGCUGUCAUUCUCUAGUUUCCUAGUUUCCUUUCUUAGAGUAAGAGGAUAGUUGGCAGCAGAGCACAAUAUAGUUCUGAAGAAAUACACCAGCUUGGAAGAGACAGAAACUAAAGUUUAACAUCGGCGUGACCCCCGUUUCCUCAUUUGAGGUCACGCGCCUCCUUAUUCACCAAUGGGAAGACGACUCUGCCACCUGUGUAGAAACAUCUAACCAAUCAGCAAGGCAACUUUCGUUUCCUUGUUAUCCUGCCUUUUCAGAUGCUGCAGUACCCAUCUCUCAUUUAAUUUACCAAACAGGAAACAAGCCUGGCACGAGCAAGAAAUGUAGCUUGUUUUGUUUAGUCACGCUAGGCUCGCAUUUUACCUGACAUCAAAGACAUUCGAAUAUAUUUUAGUACACAAGGUUACAGGUGAUUUCAUUGGCUGUUUUGGCUGAGAAUUUAAAUAGAGCCAGCCUCUUGCGCACCUAGUUUUCUCAGUCUCCCAUACAAAUUUACCUGCACUAACUAGAAAGUCCAGUUUCUCAAGCAAGUCCUACAAAACGCCAGAGAGUCCUGGAGGCAACAUGGACCUGGACAGUAAACGACUGGUGGUGGUGGUACCAAAUGAAGUGCUGGUGCCCUCUCGCAGAGUGUUCAGCAGCGAGGAUGAGGCGUGGAGGAACUACCUGGAGAACCCACUGACUGCUGCCACUAAGGCCAUGAUGAGCAUCAAUGGAGAUGAGGACAGUGCAGCAGCCCUGGGACUGCUGUACGACUACUACAAGGUGCCCAGAGAGAGGAAACUUGCCUCUAGCGGUGUUAAACCUACGGACCCCUCUGCUAUUGGGCCAGAUAACGGCGGGAGCUUGGAGAUACAAGAUCACCACCUUCAGGCUCUUCGAUCCAUGCCUGUCAACCUCUCCCUAAACAACAGCACCACUGCAGAACACCAGGGCUCCAAGUAUGGAGCUACCUGCCUCUCAGGAGACACCAGAGGAGGAGAUGGUAGCGGUGGAGGUGGGGCGGCUCUGGCUCUGGUCAAGACAGAGGGCCAGACGUCCAUGGGAGAGUCCUGUUCUGGAGGUUCCUACCGCCAAGAACCCAGAGAGCAGAUAAGGAUAGUUUACGAGCAGAGCCACUAUGAUUUGCCCCUCGAUGGGUACUUGAAAGAUGAACAGAGAAGCACUCCAGACAGCACGUAUGACGACGCUGUGGAAGGAGAGACGUACCACAGAAGUCCCUCCUCAGGAGUUGCUGAAUUCCACUUCAGUCUACCAGUUGACCGUUUCCAGUACUGUCUGGAGGCCAGCAUGUCGCUGCGGCCACGGCAGGUAGAAGGACCCAUGGCUUACCUGAACCGGGGCCAGUUCUACGCUUUGACACUGUCGAAGACCGACUUCAGAUCGUCCCUACCUCAGCCCAGAGGGAAAGUGCGGAGUGUUAUCAUGGUUGUCUUUGGGGAAGACAAGUGCAGAGAUGAGCAGCUGAAGAAUUGGAAAUACUGGCACUCCCGCCAGCACACUGCCAAACAGAGAGUCCUGGACAUUGCCGACUACAAGGAGAGCUUCAGCACAAUCGGGAACCUGGAGGAAAUUGCCUACAACGCUGUCUCUUUCACGUGGGAUGUCAGCGAUGAAGCCAAGGUCUUUAUCUCUGUGAACUGUCUGAGCACAGACUUCUCCUCACAGAAGGGCGUGAAGGGGAUGCCUCUGAUAAUCCAGAUCGACACCUACAGCUACAACAGCUGCAGCAGCAGGCCGAUUCACAGGGCCUUCGCUCAGAUCAAGGUCUUCUGCGACAAGGGCGCUGAGAGGAAGCUUCGUGAUGAGGAGAAGAAGCAGCUCAGGAAGAGGAUGAAAGGGAAAAAUGGCAGCUCGAGGCCGACCUCUCCCAUUAAGAGGGCUGAUAACACGCUGUUCAAAACCAUGAUAGACCUGGACUCCCAGCCUGUCCUCUUCAUUCCUGACGUUCACUUUGGAAACCUGCAGAGAGCGGGGCAGGUGUUUGCUUUCAACACCGAGGAGGUCAACAGAGAUGGGAGUGUUCUGGUGAAAAGGGUGUCAUGUGUCGCCGAGGAAGAUGUCUGUCCACCUCAGCCUAAGAAGUCUAAAUUGGAACCGGAAAGGAAAGUUCUGCUGUAUGUAAGGAAGGAGUGUGAUGAAGUGUUUGAUGCCUUAAUGCUGCACACCCCAACCCUCAAAGCAUUGAUGGAGGCAAUCUCAGAGAAAUAUGCAGUGCCUGUUGACAAGAUGGCCAAAGUUUACCAAAAAAGCAAAAAAGGGGUCCUGGUGAACAUGGAUGACAACAUCAUCCAGCACUACUCCAACGAGGACACCUUCAUCCUGGCUAUCGAGAGCUCAGCAGACUCCUUGCAUGUCACUCUGUCAGAGAUCUGAUGGUUGUUAGCCACAGCUCUGUAUUCACCAGUCAUCGUGUUGUCAGACAGAGGUGGUUGCUGGUGGGUGACGCUCUAGCCAUGCCAUGUGUAAAAAUUGUGAACAUUGCAAGCAGUAGUAGAUGGCCGCGCCACGAUGUGUUCCUUGAGGAAGGCCACAUAGGAGUCUCAGCAGGGUUUGUUGCCCUACAUGGAUCAUUGGCUAGACUCCACAUACUCACCUGCUGCAGUACCUGUUCACUAGACAACCUGCUGCAGGAGGAUUUCUUGCAUUAGGGACACAGGCUUAGCUUUGAAAACUUCUGGAAGUGCCCAGAUUUGUGGCUUAUGUUUGAUAUUUCCUGGCUAACUACCCAUGCAAGUCUUGACUAACUGAUAGGAAUUCACUUCUCAAUACUUGGCCCACCAGAAGAGAGGUCUUUAUCCAGGUCACCACAAAGCAUCCGGCCAGCUCGCUGUGGUUUCCUAGGAAGAAGACAGUACAGUAUACAGUAGUCUUAUUGGAUUAACAGCAGGGACUGCUGUGUGCUUCCUCUGUGCCUUCUGCCAUCCUUCCUGUUACCUCUUCACGUGGCGGACGCUUUUAAAUGACUUGAUCAGAUGUUUGAAAGGCUCUCGCUUCAAAGCAAGUCUAUACAACAUCUUUUGCUGGCACUCAACAGUUCAAGGUAAUGGCUUAUUGUUUUGUAUGUAUAUAAUUAUUUUUAGAAGUGUCUUAAAUAGUUCUCAUGUCAUGAUUCUACGUCUUACUCUAAUCUUUCUUGGUUGUCUGUGUUUUUUUUUAUUGAUUGGUCAUAUUUUUACUGCGUGCUAAAUGAUUCCAGUGGGUGCCAGUGAAAUAACAGCUAUCCCAGGUUGUAAUUACAUGCUGGUGUCUCAGGAUCUAUAAUUACAUGAGGUACCAUUAUGAAACAAGACUGCAAGUCUCCAGAAUGCUGUUAAACUGUGCAUGCUUCCUCUGUGCAUGUGUUUAUUGCUUUUCCUCCCUCUGAAUAGACUGCAGUCAUUAGUAUUUAUGACAUUAGGGACUUACAAGGUCCAACCGGUCCAACCAUUUACACAAUCCUUUUCCGAGGCUACUGCACACCAUCAGAGCUCAGCAGUCUAAUCGCUCUCUUCCUACUCACUGCCUGUGUUUACACCUGAUUAACUCAGCUUCUGUAUUAAUUUUCUUCAUGCACCAUGAUGUACAGUCUUUGAAAUGAGUCAAUAAAUAUAGUUUUAUAUGCAGUCA